GGGCGGGGCAGGGUGCGGAGGGCGGGACAGGGGAGCUCACCCCAGUCCCUGCAGAAGCUGGAGCCCGGCGGCCGCGCCUCCCUGGCCGUCCCCACCCGGAGCCCGGCGCCGCUGCCACCGCCCCGCCGCCACCGCCGGGCGCCGUGACGCGUGCGGCAGUCUGGCCCGCCGCCCGUCUUGCAAACGACCCCAGCCCAGGCCGCAGCUCCCAGCAGGCGCCGGGCGAAGGAGCAGCUAGAACAAUGCUGAGGCGGGCGAGGUGAGCCGCGGCCGGCUCUGCCUCUGUGCGGAAGCCCCGGAGGAGGAUCUCGAACAGGUGAUCUGAGGAGCCCGAAACUGAGGCCACCUGGGCGUCCCCCGCCUCGCCUCGGCCAGGCCCUGAGCCCAAGAGAAGGUGGGGAAACCAUGGCGACCAAUUUCAACGACAUCGUCAAGCAAGGCUACGUGAGGAUGAAGAGCAGGAAGCUUGGGAUCUACCGCCGGUGCUGGCUGGUGUUCCGGAAAUCCUCCAGCAAGGGGCCCCAGCGGCUGGAGAAGUACCCGGAUGAGAAGUCAGUGUGCCUCCGAGGCUGCCCUAAGGUGACUGAGAUCAGCAACGUGAAGUGUGUCACGCGGCUCCCCAAGGAGACCAAGAGGCAGGCGGUGGCCAUCAUAUUUACUGAUGACUCAGCCCGUACCUUCACCUGCGACUCAGAGCUGGAGGCGGAGGAGUGGUACAAGACCCUGUCUGUGGAGUGCCUGGGCUCCAGGCUCAACGACAUCAGUCUGGGGGAGCCGGACCUCCUGGCCCCGGGGGUGCAGUGCGAGCAGACAGAUCGCUUCAACGUCUUCCUGUUGCCCUGCCCCAACCUGGACGUGUACGGCGAGUGCAAGCUGCAGAUCACCCACGAGAACAUCUACCUCUGGGACAUACACAACCCCCGCGUGAAGCUCGUCUCGUGGCCCCUCUGCUCACUGCGCCGCUACGGCAGGGACGCCACACGCUUCACCUUUGAGGCAGGCCGGAUGUGCGAUGCUGGCGAAGGGCUCUACACCUUCCAGACGCAGGAGGGGGAGCAGAUUUACCAGAGGGUCCACAGUGCCACCCUGGCCAUCGCCGAGCAGCACAAGCGGGUCCUGCUGGAAAUGGAGAAGAACGUGAGGCUGCUGAACAAGGGCACGGAACAUUACUCCUACCCCUGCACGCCCACUACCAUGCUGCCCCGCAGCGCCUACUGGCACCACAUCACCGGCUCCCAGAACAUCGCCGAGGCCUCCAGCUACACUGGUGAGUCCCUGCAGUGCCCGCAGCCACCUGCCGCGCCGCUGUGGGAAACGGGGCCUUCUGGGCAGGGGUCCUUCCCCCUGGACUGGAGUCCCGAGGCUGCCCGUGUGUCCACAGGUGAGGCAUGUGGGGCAGCCCAGGCCAGCUCAGAAACGGACCUCCUCAACAGAUUCAUCCUGCUAAAGCCAAAGCCCAGCCAGGGGGACGGCAGCGAGGCCAAGACGCCGGCCCAGUGACAGGAGGGCUGGUGUGCACGGACAAUGACUGAGGCUGCCCAGCUGCAGGGCCGAGCGCAGCGUGCUGAGGGCAGCCUCAGGGGCUGCUGGCCAAGAGCCUAGAGAAGGGGAGCCCGCUGUCCCUUCCUUGCCCCCGUGGGUGAGGCCGGACCAAGGCCAAGGGCUGGCCACACCACCUGAGCAUGUGAGGGGCUGGAGCUACCAUGGGACUAUAUACUGUUAAUGAUUUUAAUAUAUAUGGCUUAUGACAUAUUCUAUAUUAAUGAGAUUCCCCCGUCCCUCCCUGCCACCCACAGUUUUUAAUCCCAUGACCAGGCCAGUCGAGGCUGGUUUGAAUGUCCUCGGUGGCACAGCCCUCCCGCUGCCAGGACUCGCGUGAACUGCCCGGGCCGGAGGAAGGUGGUCGGAACUCUGGGCCGGCUUUGCCCAGGCCGCCCAAGGGCUAAGGUGGCAGGCAGCUUCUUGGGUCCUCCGGGGCCGGAGUGGCCCGAGGAGGUGCCACUUGAUGGCAUCUGGUUGACACCUCAGGUGAAAGACUGGUUUUAAAGAUGUCUGCCCAGGCCCCUUCCUGUUUUGGAGGCCGAGAAGCUUGCCCUGUGGGGGUGAGUGCCGAGACCUCAGCCAGGGGAGGGGGCUGGCCCCCAGCUCUGCCCUGCCCCCAGGCCAGGCCAGGAGGGAAGGCCGCAGGCCUGCUGUGGGGAGCUCCCCUGCUGCCCCCCCUCACUGACCUGAGGCGGGCAGAGCCCCCCGCACAGGCGCCCCGCCCCGCAUCUGGCCGCCCUCUGGCCAGAAAGCACUCAGAAACCAGCCCUUCCUCGCCCCCCUCCCCACAUGGUGCUGAGGCUCCCUGCUGAAAUGCAAUUAAAGCAACUGAUUUUCUAGUGCUGGUAUUUAUUGACUGCUGGGCAGAAGGGCUAUCUUUCUAUCCACACCGAACCUACGGUUGCGUGUAUGGUUUGUUUUUUUUUUUAAUAAAUACUUUAGGGUUCUGAUUUGUGGGAA